GGCACAAAAGUUGCGAAAUUGAAUCCUUGUUAAUAAUAUUGCAACAUGUCCGAUUCGGGUGCGGAAAAAGCCGAGAAGGAGGCGGAACUGGAGCUGCCCGAGGAUGUGGAUACCGCCAAGCUGCUGGAGACCACCGCCGCCCUGCAGGAGGACGAAGAUCUCGCCAAUAUCGUGACCGCCGAGGAGUAUUUAAUGUGCAAGGAUGUGGUCCUCUUGGAGUACGAAAAACAAAUGUUUCUCGAUCAGGUCCAGGCGGAUGGUCUUCUAGUUUGCGCCAAGGGCCUAAGUUACGAGCGCGUUUUGAUCAACAUCCUGAAGGCCUACAGCGAUUCCGGGAAUCUGGUGCUCGUUAUCAACAGUUCCGAUUGGGAGGAGCAGUACUACAAGUCCAAAAUGGAACCCAAAUACGUCCACGAAGUGGCCAACACGGCCACUGAACGAGAGCGCGUUUAUCUCGAAGGCGGCCUGCAGUUCGUCAGCACCCGCAUCCUGGUGGUGGAUCUGCUGAAGCAGCGUAUUCCCAUCGAGCUGAUCAGCGGCAUUGUGGUCCUGCGGGCGCACACCAUCAUCGAGAGCUGCCAGGAGGCGUUCGCCCUGCGCCUGUACCGCCAGAGGAACAAGACCGGGUUCGUGAAGGCUUUCUCCAGCAGCCCGGAGGCCUUCACCAUUGGCUACUCGCACGUGGAGCGCACCAUGCGCAAUCUGUUCGUCAAGCACUUGUACAUCUGGCCCCGCUUCCAUGCCACCGUUCGCGGCGCCCUGCAGCCGUGGCAGACGCAGACGAUCGAGCUGCAUGUGCCGCUCAGCCAGAGCAUGACGGCCAUUCAGACGCACAUCCUGGACAUAAUGAACUUUCUGGUGCGGGAGAUCAAGCGCAUCAAUCGCACCGUCGACAUGGAGGCCGUUACGGUGGAGAACUGUGUGACCAAGAAGUUCCACAAGAUCCUGCAGGCGCAGCUCGACUGCAUCUGGCAUCAGCUCAAUUCGCAGACCAAGUUAAUAGUGGCGGAUCUCAAGAUUCUGCGCAGUCUAAUGAUCUCCACCAUGUACCACGAUGCCGUGAGUGCCUAUGCCCUGAUGAAACGCUAUCGCAGCACGGAAUAUGCGCUGAGUAACUCGGGAUGGACGUUGCUAGAUGCCGCCGAGCAGAUUUUCAAGCUCUCCCGGCAGCGCGUAUUCAAUGGCCAGCAGGAAUUCGAGCCCGAACCCUGUCCCAAAUGGCAGGCUCUCACCGAUCUGCUCACCCAGGAUAUUCCCGGCGAUAUGCGACGCUGCAGGCGAACGGAGCAGCCGAAGGUUUUGAUCCUCUGCCAGGAUGCUCGCACCUGCCAUCAGCUGAAGCAGUACCUCACGCAGGGCGGCCCGCGAUUCCUGCUCCAGCAGGCACUGCAUCACGAAGUGCCCGUGGGCAAGCUGAGCGACAAGUACGCCAAGGAGAGUCAGGGCAAGGGAGCUCAGUCUUCUACCAAGAAGGAGCCUCUCAAAGAGGAGCCUGUUUCUAGUUCCCAACCUCCACCCGCUGGCAUGGAUGAACUGGCGCAGCUGCUGAGCGAAUCGGAGACCGAGGGCCAGCACUUCGAGGAGAGCUACAUGCUCACCAUGACGCAGGAGCCGCAGGUGGACAUCAAACUCGAUCCGGAUGCCUCCAUUUUCGAAACCAUUCCAGAACUGGAGCAAUUCGAUGUGACAGCCGCCCUGGCAGCGGUGCCCCAUCAGCCGUACAUAUGCCUGCAGACCUUUAAGACGGAGCGCGAGGGCUCCAUGGCGCUGGAGCACAUGCUGGAGCAACUGCAGCCGCACUACGUGGUCAUGUAUAAUACCAAUGUCACGGCCAUUCGGCAGCUGGAGGUCUUCGAAGCCAGGCGUCGCCUGCCGCCCGCAGAUCGCAUGAGGGUCUACUUCCUGAUCCAUGCACGCACCGUGGAGGAGCAGGCCUAUCUGACCAGCUUGCGGCGCGAGAAGGCGGCCUUUGAGUUGAUCAUAGACACCAAAAGUAAAAUGGUGAUUCCCGAGUACCAGGACGGCAAGACCGACGAGGCCUUCUUGCUGUUCAAGAACUACGACGACGAGUUGGCCGGCGAGAAUGCCAAGAGUCGCCAGGCAGGCGGGCAGGCGCCGCCGGCGCCCAAGGAGACGCCCAAGGUGAUUGUGGACAUGCGCGAGUUCCGCUCCGACCUGCCCUGCCUGAUUCACAAGCGUGGACUGGAGGUGCUGCCGCUGACCAUCACGAUUGGCGACUAUAUACUCACGCCGGAUGUCUGCGUGGAGCGCAAGUCCAUCUCGGACCUGAUUGGCUCACUGAAUUCGGGGCGAUUGUACAACCAGUGUGUGCAGAUGCAGCGGCACUACGCCAAGCCCAUCCUGCUGAUCGAGUUCGAUCAGAACAAGCCCUUCCAUCUGCAGGGCAAGUUCAUGUUGUCGCAGCAGACGAGCGUGGCCAAUGCGGACAUUGUGCAGAAGCUGCAGCUGCUCACGCUGCACUUUCCCAAGCUGCGACUCAUCUGGUCGCCCAGUCCGUAUGCCACCGCGCAGCUCUUCGAGGAGCUGAAGCUGGGCAAGCCCGAACCGGAUCCCCAGAAGGCGGUGGCCCUGGGCAGCGACGAGCCAACGGCCGGCGAGCAAUUGCAUUUCAACAGCGGCAUCUACGAUUUCCUGCUGCGGCUGCCGGGCGUUCACACGCGCAACAUACACGGCCUGCUGCGGAAGGGCGGCAGCCUGCGGCAACUGCUGCUGCGCAGCCAGCAGGAGCUGGAGGAGCUGCUGCAGUCGCAGGAGAGCGCCCGGCUGCUGUACGACAUCCUGCACGUGGCCCACUUGCCCGAGAAGGACGAGGUGGCCGGCUCGACGGCGCUGCUGGCGGCUGGCAAGCAGUUUGGCGCCGGAUCGCACAAUCGCUUCAGGAAGGCGGCAGCCGAGUCGCGACGCGGUCGCCGAUAGAGUCCAAAGAGCCUGCAGAAUUUAAAGAGGCAAAGAGAAGAAGCUGCGGCAGAAGAAUCAGGAGCUGGACAACCCUGCUCUGAAGUGCCGGGCAAACAGACAGCGCGAAAUUAUGGAAAUUUUUUAAACGAUGCAAUUAAGUCGACUAGGGAAUGGGCUGCCGAUGCGAAUGCGAAUGCGGAUGCAGAUGAGGAUGAGGAUGAGUUGACUGUCUGGCCGUCAGACAACGUUGACAACCGGGAAAGCGCUGACCGCUGGGGAUGCGACAACCGGCUGCCACUGCAUCCACGACUGCAUCCGUGUGCCAUUGGGGAUGAGCGCUUAAAAAUCAAUUUUCAAUAAAUUUUUAAUUGCCCCCACACUGGCCGUCUGCAGCCACCCAUCCCCCAGGACUUGCCACGCCCAGAACACCUGCAACAUUAACAGCCAGGCAUGUGAUACAAGCAGCUACAAACGGAAUUUUUCAUCCACAGUUCAACUCGCCAGGAAAAGAGCGCCAUUGUAAGAUGUAAGCUAUAAGCGUAUUCAGUGAAAAAGUUAAUUUCAGUUAAGGAAAGGCUUUUUUUUUUAAUUGAAUACAAUUUAAAUAUAUUAAAUCUAGUUUCU